UUUCGAUCGGCUGUUCUUGGUGGAGAACCAAGCUUGGGAAUACGGAAGCACCCCGCUUUGAUUCGAAAACCGCAUCUUGGCACCAUUUGGUUAGUCCUAGUCGAAGGGAUCAACUCAGGAGAAAAAGAGUUAAAACCAUGAACAAAUCCAUCCAGCCCAACAAAACAGUGGCUAGCAAGUCCAUCAAGGCUCCGAAUAGCAAUCUACAACCGCCGCUGAUUCUCCCACAUGCGUCCCCUCAUCAAGGUUCAUCUCAGGACGUCGCAGGUCCUAGAAGUUUUGUCACCCAGACAUGGACUAUACCUGAUCGACCGAAACCUGGUAGAAAACCUAAACAGAAACCCUGCCCAGAAUCAAAGCAACAAACCCAUCAGUCUCAGCAGGACGGCGUGUAUAUCGAUGGUCAUGCUAUCAAUAGCACUAUCAAGGACAAGCCACCUUCUGUCAUUCAACUUGAGCCAACCAAAAAGGCAAAAGCUCUCGACACAAUCACUUCUACAGGAGCUCUGCAACAAGCUUAUAUCAACUCAUUAGAAGCAAAGGUCCAAAGCUUACAAUCUCAAGAAUCUGAACAGGUAAAUUACUACAAGACUCUCGCCUCCCAAUCCAAUUCAAAAAUCGAUAAGAUCCAAAACGAAAACGAUGUGCUACAGUCUCAGAUCAAAAUCUUGAGGGGAGAGGUCCUAAGGCUGCGGAAGCGAAUCUCGCAACUCGUCAAAAAAUCUGCACCAGAUAACCAACAAAAGCCUAUCGUCGUCGAAUUCGAGGAGUCUCCUUCCAAAGAGUCCAAAGUUCGCAAGCAAGUCUCCUAUCCCGAUGUCGAUAGCACUUGUUCCCUGGAGCGACCUGCUGCCUCUGUCAAAAAGCUUCGCCGCCCAUCUGUGCCAGACGAAAUGAAUGAACCUCAGCCAACUGUAGUUACUCUUCCAGAGACUUUCAAUUCGCCUCAGAUACCAUCAGGCAUUUCCGUAGUAGAAAACACUGUCGCAUUGGCUACAGUGUCGAACAACCCGUCUACCAAAAGGGUUCCAGACUUUACCUCGAGUGAUAUUUAUUGUGGAUUAUGUACAUCAGAGUUAGACUGUGUCUGUCGACAGGUGGGGCUGAAGCCACCAUUGCAGAGCGUCAAUCUAUCAGCGAAGGACCUUGGAAAUAAUCCAUUGGCGGUGCCGAUUCGUAGACGAGCCCAGCCUUCAACAAGCAGUGUAUGGAGGAUAGUGACUGCAGACGACUCUGUGCCUCCCUUAGCAGCCUCGCCUGAGAUGGAACCGGAACCUGUCUUGCAGCGCGAAUGUAAUGGUAACCCCAAGGACUGUCCGGCGUGCCGUGAUGAUCCAUUUGGACAGGCAUUCUGUGCGGCAUUAAAUCAAGCAACCGCCACCCAAGAGCCUAGAUCAAAUCCCGAAGCGACGACUGAAACGGCAACAGGUGCUGGGAGUCGGGCUACGAGGGGAAUGCAACGCUCAGACCCAAUAGUUGACGCGUAUAUGAGCAUACCCUGUUGCGGCGACCCCGAACUAUGCGGCUCACAAAACUGUUUUGACAAUGCACCAUCGCCCACUCCCGUGGAAAACGAGAGGAAAGUUUCGUGUUCAGAGGCAUGGAGGCAACUGAAAGCUCAUCCAAACAUCGGAUUAGCUAAUCUUCAACUAUUGGCCGACGUGGUUGCUCGGAAAUCUGCACCUCACUCGUCUUCUUCAUCCUCCAUUGACCAAAACGCUUCAUCAAUCUAUCACCAGCAAGGCCAUCCUCACGAGGGGGAAUCGAACUCAAGUUGGCCGUCUUCUCAGUCCAUGCUUGAAAAUGAAGAUUCGAUCUUCAGUCCUCACGUGACCCUCUCCACCGUAUUCGAAAACACACACAACGAUUUCGACGAUGAAGACCAUAGUUAUCAUCAUCAACAACAACGCGAGAAUACAUCCCUUUCCUCUAAGGAUUCUCUUAACAACAAUCAUCUGUCCAGCUUCGAUGGCGCGUUCAGUCACCAUCGACAGCAGCAACAGCACGAUCUCUCCUCCAGUAAUGAGACUCAUCCUUCUUCCGGUAAAAAGGUCAAAUUCGUCGAGAAGGAGUCUUUGGACCAAGCAUUACGAAUGCUGGAUCGCGCGAUCUAGCACACACACCUACACGCUAUCAUACAUACAUGAAACUAAAAUCAUAUUUCUCAUAAAUAUCACAAAUAUCUCAAGAUUACUCUAGAUAGCUAUUGGUGCAUGAUGAUAUCCCAGCCGUGACCUUCUCCAAAAAAAUAAACUUUCCCCCUGGAAAUUGAAUACUUUCCUAAAGCCAGGAUGAAAAGGAUUAAAAGGAGAAUACAAGAAAGUAGAUUUGACCAAAAAUGAAUCUAUUUGGAAAGAACCGCUCAUCUCUAGGAUAUGUCUUGAGCACAGAAUAUCACAUCCUUGCUUGGGUGUUGACCAACUCCAUACAAACUUGUACACUGUAGAAUAUUAUUAUCUCAAGGCUGAUUCCACAUGACUGUUUCUUUUUCUAUUCUACCAAUCUCUUACUGGUUUGUAUUUGUUUCUAUCUUAUCUUCCCUUGCCUCUUAUUAAAUCAAUAGAUUCAUUUAAAUAUAUACA